AUGGAAAUUAAGUGUGAAUAUAAUUUAUAGUAAUUGUUAGACAAAGGACAUUUAGGUGUAGGACUCAAAGUAAUACUAUUUUUUGCAGACAAUAUUAAUGAUCAAGCAUUAGACAUCAUAAAAUAGUGUUGUUUAAAGAUUCUUGAAACAUAACAUAAACAAAUUGUAUUUGACAUAUUUUAAAUACUUUAUGGUCUUUUUAUAAAAGAAAACUUUACAGGACCAUCAUAUCACUAUUAAAAUGCAGAUAGAAAGUUAUUUAUUGAAAAUAUAUUAAUUAAAUAAGUCAUUCCAAAAUGUUAAAUUAAUCAAAUUAGUAAAGAAUAUUUAGAAGAACUUGGCUUAAUCGAAUUAUUACCUCUUAUUAAUUAGAUUAGUAGAGUUUCAGAAUAUGAAAUCUAUCACUCAUAAGCUAAUCAAGAAUGUAUAAUAUUUAGACUAUAUAAUAGUUAUCUUAAAUAAAUUACAAUGUUGUGGUGAACUUUUUAAGAGAGUGAUUUAGCUUAAACAUCUAUUUUUAGUAUGUAAAUAAAUUCUUGAAUUAUUACAUAAUACGAAUCCAAUUUAUUAAUUAUGGUGGGCUAGACUUAAUUUUAUGCAUAAUUAAUUUCUAGACAAUCCUGUUUAAGAAUUAAAGGAUUAAAUAUUUAAUUCAUUUUAAGAAUUUCUUGAUAAUUAUCCAAUUGGUCCUAAAGAAUAAGCUAAAUUAUAUACAGAAUUCUCUUAUAUUUAUAAUUAUUAUUACAAAUAUUAAGAAGCAGAAGCAUGUUUAUUUAAAGCAUAAGUAAAUAAAAUAAUAUAAAUUAUAGUAAUUACUUAAAGUUAGAUUUGAAUUAACUGGUAAAUUAGGAAAAAAAACUAAAUUUUAAGAAGAAAAACUUCCUCAAUUAGUUGCUUAAAUAAUAGAUUAGGAAAGUGUAGAAAAAGAAAGUAAUUAAUAAAUCUAAAUAUUAAUAUAGUUUAGGAAUUGCCAAAAGUACAAGAGGUUCUUUAAUAGUAUGCUUCAUAGGAAGUAAAUUUAGAAGAAGAAUCUAUUUUAUUUGAUAAACCAGUACUUGAUGGGGAAAUUAAAUAGGAUUCAUUAUCAUUAGAAGAAUAAAUUGUUUUAUUAGGAUUAAUACAUCAUUAUAAAAGAACUUUACCAAAUGAUGAAAUACUUUAAUAAUAAGUUUAAGCAUACUUAAAUUUAAUGCUUGAUAAAUCAAAUAGUUGGAUUGUUUAUUCAUAGGGUUUAUUAUUAAGAUCUUUAAAUGAAUUUAAUCAUCUAAAGAGAAUGGAGAGAGCAUUGAUUUAAAUGCAGACUCUUGUUGAUUAAUUUAAUGAAACAUAACCAGAUUCUGAUUUAAAAGCAUUGAAUUUAUUUUAUUCAAAUUAUCCUGAUUAUUAUAAUUUAAGUGGAAUUUUAGGUGAAUAAUGGAUGAAAGUUGGAAUGAUGUCAAGUGGUUAUGAGAUAUUUGCUAGAUUAGAAAUGUGGGAGGAAUGUGUAGAAUGUAUUGUAGGUACAGGUGAUACAUAAAGAGCACUUAAAGAAAUAGAAUAAAUAACAGCAAAAGGAUUUGGUACAGUUAAAAUGAAAUGUAUUACAGGAGAAAUUAAAUAAGAUGUUAAGAUUUUAAAAGAAGCUUGGAAAGAUUCUAAAAAACGAUUUGCUAGAGCAUAAAGAUCUUUGGGAGAAUAUUACUUUUUUAAAGAAAAGAAUUAUGAAAAAUCUAUCAAAUCUUAUAGAAAAGCUGUUAAGAUUAAUUCAUAUCAUUAAAAAUCAUGGUAUAUAAUGGGAUGUGCUUAUAUGAGAUUGAAUAAAUUAGAAGAGGCAAUAAAAUCAUUAGGUGAAGCUGUUAGAAUAAAUGAAAAUGAUGGAGAAAUUUGGGGUAAUAUUUCAUCUUGUUUGGUUGCUUUGAAAAAAUAUAGUGAAGCUUAAUCUGCUUUAGAAUAAGGUGUUAAAUAUGCUAGUACAGAUUGGAGAUUAUGGAGUAAUUUAAUGGGAGUUUCAUUAAGAAAUAAGAAAUUUGUUAGAUUUUAUUCUUGCAUUGAAAAACUAGUUUAAUUAGAUCAUCGAGAAUUAAUAGAUGAAUAAAUAAUCUAAAAGAUUACAUAAACAUUUGCAUAUUAAACAGAUUAAUUAAAUUAAGAGAAUAUAAUAUAAUCAAAUAUUAAUAAAAAAAGAAUUUUAAAAUUGUAUGAAUAUUUGGCUAAAGAAAUUGGAUAAAAAUACUUUAUUUGGGAAGGAUUAGCAAGAUAUACAGAAUUACUUAUAAUUUAUGAUUAAAGAAUGGCAGAAUUAGAAAAUAAACAAAUUUUAGAUUUGUUACCUUAUUAUAAUGAUAUAGUAUAAUAUAGAUUAAAAAGUUGUUAAAUGCUUUAAAUUUUAAAUUGGGAAAGAGAUAUGUAAUUUAUAUAUAUUUAAUUUUAGGACAAUUUGUUAAACUUUAGUAAAAUAAUUGACUUCAUUGAAUUAAGAUGUCUAAAAAAUAUAAGAUGAAGAGACUAUAAAAAAUGUUACACUUUAUUUGUCCUAAUAAAAGAGUAGAUUAGAAACUAUUUUAGAAAAAAAAAUUAACUUUUGA